AUGGCCACCCCGACGCUACCCCUCUCCUCCGGUCACUCGAUCCCGAUCCUUGGCCUCGGAACUUGGCUGUCGAAGCCUGGCGAGGUUGGCCAAGCCGUCGAUCUGGCCCUGAAGGCUGGCUACCGGCACAUCGACUGCGCCCAGGCCUACCAAAACCAGCAGGAAAUCGGCGCCGUCUUCAAGAGGGUGUUUUCCGGAGAGAUUCCGCGUGAAGAUGUCUUCGUCACUUCAAAAGUCUGGAACACCUUCCACUCGUACCAAAAGGCCAAGGAGGCCAUCGACUUGAUUUUGGCCGAGUUGGAAUUGGAAUACGUCGACCUGAUGCUCAUCCACUGGCCGAUGGGAUAUGAGGAGGGAGCCGAGAUCUUCCCAAAGACCGCCGACGGCACGAAGAUGCGCUAUUCCAAGGAGGACUACCUCGACACGUGGAAAGCCCUCGAAGAAGCCGUCAAGGAGGGAAAAAUCAAGUCCAUCGGCCUCUCCAACUUCAACCACAAGCAAAUCGAGCGCAUCGUCGCCAACUCGCACAUCAAGCCGGCAGUUUUACAGGUCGAGCUCCACCCCUACUUCCAACAGAAGAAGCUGCGCGACUUCUGCAAGCAGCACAAUAUUGUUGUGACUGCUUACUCUCCGCUUGGAAAUCCCACGAAUCCAUUCAGAAAGACCGGCGAUCCUUCGAUUCUUACCGAUGAUACCGUCACGGAGAUUGCUAAGAAAUACGGAAAGACGCCAGCCCAGGUAGCUCUCCGCUGGGCCAUCCAGCACAACAUCGUCGUCAUCCCAAAAUCGACUAGUGAGCACCGGAUCAAGGAAAAUGGCGCUCUUUUUGACUUCGAACUAGCCGCCGAUGAGCUGAAGAAGAUUGACGACCUCGACAAGAAAUGGCGAAUCCUCGAUCUAACCCAGCGCGACGGCGACCACCCCCACUUCCCCUUCAAUGAGGAUUUC